AUUUCUUCUCCAUCGCACCAAGAUCCGCCAUCUCUUUCUUCCCUGAUUUAUUCUUCGGCGGAAGACUCUCCGUCUGUAGCCGCCAUAUUCUCCUUGUUUCGUAAAUUAUCCUUCGCAAAGUCGAACCCCCUGGAGCGCCUGCAGGCGAAUCCUGCCUCCUCGUGUGUGUCGUCUGCAGAUUGGAGUUCGUCUGCCUCCUCGAAAGUGUCGUCUGCAGCUUGGAGUUCGUCUGCCUCCUCGAGAGUAUCGUCUGCAGCUUGGAGUUCGUCUGCCUCCUCGUGUGUGUCGUCUGCAGCUUGGAGUUCAUCUGCCUCCUCGAACGUGUCGUCUGCAGUUUGGAGUUCGUCUGCCUCCUCGAGAGUGUCGUCGGCAGCUUGGAGUUCGUCUGCUUCCUCGUGUGUGUCGUCUGCAGCUUGGAGUUCGUCUGCCUCCUCGAGAGUGUCGUCUGCAGCUUGGAGUUCGCCUGCCUCCUCGAACGUGUCGUCUGUCCUCGUGGCGUCGUCCAUCGUGCCGUCCAUAUAUUCGUCCUCACCGGCCCGCCCCUUCAAAGUUGGGCUCGAACCUUCGAUUCGAGGCACCUCUAUUUUUGCCGUGCCCAGCUACACGGGCAUCAUCACCCACGAACCUUACGCUGAAAAGGUCUGCGUUGACAUCGGAGGUGGUCUAAACUGCGUCGCCCCCCCACGGCCCCCCAAAUCUCCCUCGCUUGCCCUCUCCCGCCGUGGCGACCGAGGGGAUGAGAGGGAAGCCCUCACCUCCCCAGAGCUGUUGAGGACAUCCCAAGCUACUGAUUCAUCUUACCCUCGCAUCCAGCAGUCCAGCAUCCUGGGCAACCACCACAGCGCCGCGAGGAGCAGCUCUGCGGCGCGCAUGCGCCUCAAGGGCGCAAGCCGUGAGAGCAUAACUAUGCGUUCUGAAGCUAUGCGCUAUUGGCGUUCCGUGCAUGCAAAGUACUCCGUUCUUAACGAAUUUAGCCGCCAGCGACGUUCGGCCGCUGCCAAGAAAAUGCGACAACGCAGCAGGGAGCGAAGUCAACUUUCGAUAUUUUUCGUAGUUUUUUUCGUGGUAAUUUUUGUGGUGAUAAUCCUGACGGAGGUGUUCUUCAUGGACGACCGCAACGAUGGUAUCCAAGUGUCGGGCAAGAGGAGCGACGAGUUCGACGUCAUCGGCGACAUCCCGGACUACAUCAUAGACGACAAGAAGAUCGUCAGAGCACUGCAAAUUGAUUCAUAUAGACGCCAAGAGGUGUCCGUCAAGAAUGACGACGGCGUUAUACAUAAAAACGUUGACGCAUCUCGCCUCAAAGCACGAGUCUCGGGGAGCUACCUGAAAUCGAUGCGGACCGCAGAGAGGAAAAUGUCGUGGCCGUCGCUGACGGAGGAAAAAGCCGUCUUAUUCACGGCCAACAGCUCGGCCGUCGAUGCUGAAUGGAUGCCUGUGCUAAAUGCUCGCCACAAGUUUUAUGUUUACUCUGCAUUUUAUGACGAUAGAAAAGCCAAAAUAAUUCGCAUCAUUGGAGCAACUUUGACAAAACGAAGUGAUAGAGUUUGGUGCAAGUAUUGGUAUUCGAACUCGAGUACUCUUGUUCUCGUAGGGGCAGUGAAAGUUAUUAGAGAAAACUGGAACUUGCGCUACUCUGCUUGCUUCAUCGCUUGCCCACUGACGAUCUUCACAAACGGCAAGCAGCCCAUACCGCCCCCCGAUAGCAUCUCCAUCAUGGCGGACCCCGGCGGCAACGCCACAAACAAACUCAAGGUUCUCAACCUCAACAAGGAUCAUACCGAGGAGAGAAAUAAUUUCGCCGUUUGCGUGAAGCCAUUGCAUUUCGAUUAUAAUAAUAUAAAUCAAAUGAUUGAAUUUAUUGAGUUGAAUCGAUUGAUAGGUGUUGAGCAUUUCACAUUAUAUAAUCAUACCAUAGGACCAGAGGUUGCUUGUGUCCUAGAGAACUAUGUUAAGCAAGGAAUAGUCACAAUACUUCCGUGGAAACUGAAUAUUAAAUCUCAGAAAGAAAUUCGAACAGAAGGACUUUUCGCAGCACUAAACGACUGCCUGUACCGACACAUGUACCGUCACAAGUACAUACUUAUGAUAGACUUGGACGAGUACAUCGUACCUCACUCGAACACCACGCUACCUGAACUCGUCUCGUUCCUCAACACGCGGGCGGAUGUUCGUAAGAUCGGAGCCAUCAGUUUCCAGAACGCUUUCUUCUAUUUACAAUGGCCGGAUGAUCCAAGCAGCGCUGGUUUGCCUGCUCUCGUCACGCAGAGGAAGACCAGAAGGCGACAGCGCUUCCACCCACACAAACAGCGCUCCAAGUACAUUGCUGUCAGCCCUUUCGUUGUUGAAGCAGGUAACCAUUUUGUGUGGGAGUUCCUGCCGGGACGAGGCACCCUGAACGUGCCGAGUGAGGUUGCCUUCCUGCACCACUAUCGCGUGUGCGAGUUCGGUGGCGACGACUGCGUGCGCAAUCCUCGUACCACCGACAACUCAAUGGCGCGAUACAGGGACCAGCUGGUCACCGCAUUCACCAGCAGAGUUGAAAGUCUAUCCCAAAGUUGUCAUUUGCCGCCUCUAAACACGGCCCUAGAAACUUCUCCUCAGCUGUGGCCCAUAUCAGACGCUUCCUAGUUGAAAUGCUUUCAUUUUAUACACAAGUUAUGUCCACCCACCACAUUAUAAGAAAAGUCUUAGUGUUUUACACGGUGCCAGUUGUGCAAGCCACUAUAAAUGUCCAGUACUAACUGGCAAAAAUAAUGAAUGAAGUUAGUGGUUUGAUGUAAAGGGGUAAUGACUAAUUUGGUGCAAAUUUUAAUAACUUACAAAUGUUAUAAUUCACUUGGAAUUCCACGUACAAUUCGUUAAUCGUGCACUUCUCCGACUAGGAUAUUAAACAAUGGUCAAUAGAGGUUAGUUCUUGUCAUCAGGGUCUUCAGAUCCGCGAAGCAUUAGUGGCGUUUCUUGCAUGCGUGAAAAAUGAGAUCAACAUUGACUAAGUAUGUCAAGACGAGUUGGUCGACUCCUCUAAAUUGGUUCACAUUACUUCCCUCGUAAGAAAUUCAGGAAUGAAAUUCCCGAAUUUCUUCGGGAAAUUCCCGAACUCGUGAAAUUUGGGUGACUGGCAUGCGAAAAAUUAAUGGCCGAGAAUGAAAUUUUUACCUAACCAGUCAAUGCGGCUUCUAAAGACAAUGACUGCCACAUUUAAGAAAUACUUGAGAAACUAUACCUACGGUACCUACCUAAUGACGGGAGUUGUAGACGGUCGUGUUGGCUGCCAACACUGGUUUCGUGUAAACGCUUCACCAGUUCAAGUCGAGACUUGAACGGAAUAUCAAUUAUUCACGGAGAGUUCCAAUCCGAGUAAGCCUAGGCCCAACGGAAGGACAUUCUUAGGACGUAAAUAUUUCACCGUUACUCGCCGUUUAGUUAUUUCUAACUUUACAAAUGAGACUAUGAAAUUUCGACUUCAUUCUUUCUCACUCGAUAGAAUGACAUACAAAAUGAGCAUCACCGCAGUAGUAGGUGUUCGCUUCUUACCAGACACGUGUGAAUAGUCCAGACUUGCCAAAACCUAAGUUUUGCUAGGUUUGACGAACUCUAGCUCUCUCCCAGCGAAGCCCGGAUGAAACUAAUUUCUCUGGUACUUGUCAGUGGAGAGUCGAUUUUUUCAGGGUCGGUUCGAAACAGUUGGCAUUUCUUUGAGGUUCUUCAUCUGCGGAAUUUCACAUGUCGGGUAGAAUUUCACCUAAUGCAGUUUUAAUUUCAUGCUGUAUUUGAUAAUGAAGGUGGAAUUCAUCAGCAAUUAUUAGUUCACUUUAAAUUUGAAUGUACAUUUUUGGAAGCGAUGACGAGAUUAGACAUGGUCAGCACUUUAGCAUAUCCAGAAUUCCGUGUUCAGAGAUCAAGGAGUGGUAAGCACCGAUAUUCAAGCUUUGUGAUAAUGAAAGCUUUACAUUCGAUACAAGUUACCAAUUAGAAAAAGAUAUUCCAAUUC